AUGGACGGAGAAUUGCGGCAUCUGGGCUUGGCAGAUCUGCGAAAGGCCUCGCCAAAAAUGCAGAUCUUCGUUAAGACCCUCACGGGCAAGACCAUCACCCUCGAGGUCGAGUCCUCGGACACGAUCGACAACGUCAAGUCCAAGAUCCAGGACAAGGAGGGCAUCCCCCCUGACCAGCAGCGUCUCAUCUUCGCCGGCAAGCAGCUCGAGGACGGCCGCACCCUUUCGGACUACAACAUCCAGAAGGAGUCGACCCUCCACCUCGUUCUCCGCCUGCGUGGUGGUAUGGCCAAGAAGCGCAAAAAGAAGAACUACACCACCCCCAAGAAGAUCAAGCACAAGCGCAAGAAGGUCAAGAUGGCCGUCCUUAAGUACUACAAGGUCGGCUCUGACGGUGCCAUCACCCGCCUUCGUCGCGAGUGCCCCGCCCCCACCUGCGGCGCUGGUGUCUUCAUGGCCAUGCACAAGGACCGCCAGGCUUGCGGCAAGUGCGGCCUCACCUACAUGUUCGACGAGUCGAGCAAGCCCGCCGCCGUCGCCAAGGGCAAGAAGAAGUAA